AUGACGGACAUAAUCGAUCUCAAAUAUUCGAACCGUCGUGCGUGGUACCCUUUGCGGUGUCCGGUACGUCUGGAAAUCGACGGUCGACUCCAGACGCCCCAAUCUCUAGUCGCCACGGCCCUCAACAGCACUUCAUUCAACUUGCUGAUCAAAUCUUCAAACGGACAACAAGUGUACAUACCAUUCAACGAAGAUAGGUACGCAAUCGUUUGUUCGCUUUAUUGGAUUUAUAAUAAACUUCAACUUUUCAGAGAACUAUUCACUGCGAAUGUCGCUGCCGACCCUUCAACCUCAUCUUUGGUAAGUAAAAGAGAGCGUGUAAUUGUUUGGCCUCGACGGCCAAUAAAGGAGGAAGAGGAGAAUGAGACUUACACCUAAUUCCGACCCUGAACUAGUUUUUGAGUUUACAUAGCUGAGGACUGAAAGGACGUUCUUCUUUCAGAUCUCGUAUUGUCACUUCGAAGGUGUGACGAGAGAGGGAAGACAUGCAUUGUCGCUGUGCAAUCCGAAAGGUACGAGGAGAGGGUUACGGUUAGACUUGUCGAAAAUCGGCUCGGCUCUAGUAUAAAAUUUUUGGAGGAAAAUAUAAAUUUAGGAUCAAAAUCCGGGCCAGGCACACUCCGACCCUCUAACCCUACUCAUUUCCAGAAAUCGCCGGACUGAUCAUGUCACAAAGCAACCGAUUCGGUCUUUCUCUUGACGACGCCACCUCGUCAUCCUUUGUCCUUCAACCAUAUGUUGAGAACGAGUGCGGUAGGUGAAACAUAUAAUCCUCUUUCCCCCACAAUUUCACAAUUCGUUAACGGAAGUCUCGUGUUGAAAGAGACAGAGAGGAAAAGAGCGUUUACAAUUUUACGGGGCAUUUAUCAAAGAGAAUAGAUGGCGGAACCUCGGCCACAAACCAGUUUGGCCUUUCCUCAAGAAGGAACAUGCAACAUUAAUCAUGAACCACCUCCGUUCUCUUUCCAAUUAUAUUGUUCAGAUCUCGGUUCACUGGUGUCAUCGACGGCGCCGUCACGCGAAAAGCGGCAAGCGGGAAAGACGAAUUCGGCGAUCGAUCGGAAUCCGUCUUACAUUAAAGAACAUCUGGAUGGACGGAAACGAUAUGUCGAGCUGGCAUUGGUCGCCGAUUACUCUGUGGUACGGGCUGAAAUCGAACAGUGAAAACAUUUUGUGUUGAGAGCUGGAAGGGUUUGGCCAGCAAAACCUUCUUUCCGGGACGGCAUCUUGCAAGUCUGGUGUGUAUGUAGUGAUUCUGGAAAGGUCUAACUCUGUACGCAAAGGAAAUGCUCAGACAAGUAACAAGGGACCGUGCCGAUGUCGAUUACUUUCGUCGACACGGACGCUCCGUAUAUUCAGACGGAAUUUCUGUUGAAACUGAAGGAAAAUAUGUACUGUAGAAAACCAUGAGGACCUAGAAAUACAACUUUAGAAAAAUGCUAUUUUUCAGUACACCAAGUACGAUUCGGACGAGAAGAAGGUCAACGACUACAUGCAGCAGACGUUGAACAUCCUCAAUUCGGUGAGCCCCACAACUAUCCUCGUGUCAUUCUCAAUUCAAUUCAUUUGCAGCUUUACUUCCCCCUCAACAUCCGAAUCACCCUUGUUCACUCGGAAAUCUGGAAGAAAGGCGAUCAAAUCUCUGUGAUUGCCGACUCGAAGGAGACCUUGACCAGUUUUAUGGAGUACAAGAAGCUGAUGCUCAAGGAGCACUUUUUCGACACAGGAUACCUGAUGACGUGAGCUUUCGGUGAAAGUUUUACGCAAGGUUUGUAAUUCUUCGUUGUAGCACCCUCCGCUUCGAUGAUGGUGUUGUGGGAAAAGCCUACAAAGGAACGAUGUGCUCGUACGACUAUUCCGGAGGCGUUUAUGUGGUGAGUUUUAACCGACACUCUGCGGAGAACUCAAAAAACCAAGUUGUUAUCAGUUCUGUACGCUUUUUUUUUGAAAGGAAUUCCAUAAAAACCGGCCAAAAUACGGAAAAAAUUAUAUUCACUUGUCCGCGAGGACUACACGGCCGAGAAUUCUCUCCUCGGCCAUGCUCCUCUCAACGCGUUGUGUGUGUAUGCCAUCGUUGCGAAAUGUUGGAGAAACAUGUUUUGUGUAUGUUGCGACGCAUUGGAAACAAAACUGAUAAGACCUUAUUGGGGAGAAAUACACUAACAAAAUGAAAUUGAGAAAUGACACUUUCGAUGAGACUGACAAACACUGGUUCCUGCAACCUGAACACCUCACAACUGUAUCACUUUUAUUAAUAUCCGCAACUGUUUCAGGACCACAACAAUGACACCGUUGAGACCGUUGCCACGUUUGCCCACGAGCUCGGUCACACUUUUGGAAUGGACCACGAUCCCGACGACAAGGACGCGUGCUACUGCCCCAUGCCCCGAUGCAUCAUGGCUCCACAGUCUGGUCACAUGGAAGUAUGGUCUGAGUGCAGUGUCAAGAACUUGGCCAGUGGAUUCAGUCGUGGCAUUGAUCUGUGUCUGUUCAAUGAGCCCGGCAAGAAAGCGAGUGACGCAAAGUGUGGAAAUGGAAUUGUGGAACCGGGAGAAGAAUGCGAUUGUGGGCCGUUGAAAUGCGACAACGACUGCUGCAACGGUAGUACAUGCAAACUGAUCGGAGAAGCGUUGUGUGCACACGGAGACUGUUGCGAUUUGAAGACGUGCAAACCGAAGCCACGAGCUACCGUAUGCCGUACUGCCGUCAGUCUCUGCGACCUGGAUGAGUAUUGUAACGGAGAAACAAACGACUGUCCUGCAGACUUUUUCGUGCAGAACGGAGCAACUUGUCCCGGAAGAGAGAAUGUGAGUUUCAUUUGGUAUCAACAAUACAACACAAACUAGUUGUAUCAAGCAGUAAACAAUGAAUUAUUCAGGAGUUCUGCUACGAAGGAGGAUGCGGAAGUCGGAACGACCAGUGCACGAAACUAUGGGGACCAACUGGACAUGCUGGCGAUGAUAACUGCUAUCGGAGAAACACGGAAGGAAACUUCCACGGAAACUGUGGAUUCAACGCGCAUACCAAGGAGUUCAAGAAGUGUGAAUCCGAGUGAGUUAUUGUCAAGACCUACAGAUUAUUCAAGUCUUGGGCCCAGAAUCUUGCAUGUCCGAUAGCCUAGCCCAACUGAACUUUUCGAUUUCAGAAACACGAAAUGCGGGCUCUUGCACUGUGAGACCCAAGCGGAACGUCCAGUGUUCGGAGAUCCCGGCUCGGUCACCUUCACCCACAGCACAGUCUACUCCUCGCUGAAACCGGACGACAAAAAGUUCUGCUACGUGUUCAAGUCGGCGUACGGCGGUCUCAACGCUCCGGAUCCGGGAAUGGUGCCCGAUGGAGCGAUGUGCGGCGAAGAAGAGGUAUUGGCUAUUCUUAACCUUGCUCCCUUUUCUAAAAAAAAAUGUCUCCUUCAGAUGUGCAUUGGACAAAAGUGUCAAAAGAAGGAAAAGUUGACGAAAGUGACUGCCCAGUGUUUGGAUAAUUGCAACUUCCGAGGUUCGCCGACCACGUUUUGUUUGGACUAGAAACCAAGAGAACUUGGCACUUUGCUGAUCCCCGGGAUUAUAUGUACAAUGUAUUUGAGAAUUUGUUUGCAGGAGUGUGCAACAAUGUCGGAAACUGUCACUGCGAACGGGGAUUCGGAGGAAUCGCUUGCGAAAUUCCGGGAUACGGAGGAUCCGUGAACAGUAACGAGGCCUACAAGUUCAGAGGGUGCGGAAAUGGCAAACAGAGCCAACAUAAACACGGUUUUUCUGCAGAAUCACACUGUCCUCAAUGUUCUUGGUGUUCAUCAUUCUGUUUGGAUUUCUGAUUGCCGGACUUUGCAUUUACUAUCGUGUCAAACGGAAGAGAAACUUGCUUUCUGAGUGAGUUUUGUUUCUCACAAUUCUGCAUUGACCUUCAUACGUUUUCAGAUGGUGGAGUGUGGUCAAGAAGCGUUUCGACUUGCACGGAGAACUUGUACCUGUUCGGAAAGCUCCACCACCGCCGUAUGCCCAGCGAAUUCGGUUGGUUCACUUUAAAGAUUUCGGGCAAUUAACAAGCAUUCAUUCAUGACGUUUCAGACAAAGUUUCACUGCAAUGUGGGGCGAGGACCAUUCUCACGUGGCAGUUGCUCAACCGGCCCACCCACGCAACUGCUACAGCGCGUGCUGCCGUCAACCGCCCCGAUUCGAGCCACCAUCCAUUCCAAUGGUCACAUUGAAGAAUCACGAGCUCGCCAGUCCCACACCUCUUCUGAAUCCCGCUGAAAAGGAACAGCAACAAACGGCCGAGUUGUAUCCUGUUACUGAGAAGUUCCGCACUGACUCAGCGGUGAGUUAUUGUCAAAACCAUGUCAUUUCCGUCCUGAGAAAUAAUAUCUAUGUACCGGAACAGGGUCAUAGUGACCAAUAACAUCAACUUGUGUGGUCACCCAAAAACAAUGCAUUAUUGUUAUUUCCGAUUUGCAGGCAUCGUUCAACCGCAUCGGAUCGCUUCGUCCAACUGUUCAACCACCGCCAGUGCCGCGGCCCAGCAACGAUGUAUUGACGAAAUUCAAUCAAGACUUGAAAAAUGAGAGCAAAACGAAAUACGAGAAACUGUGAGAGCAGGAAAAAUGGUCAAUAGUGGAACGUAUACAUUUUUAGGAACAAAACAUUACCGCUUCCGCCGCCACUUCCGAAAGAGAAACCAAAGACCGGCAGUUCGACGAGUCUUCGGAGGAAUGAGAGCAUGCGGCCUGAACAGGCACCGCCACCACCACCACCCGCCCACGCUGUACGUAUUGCACAGGGUCUUUAUGAAGAACAUUUUAGAGAUCUGAGACUUUUUGAACUUGAUAUCAUCAAUGAUCCUUGCCCUGAAUCCGGUCAGACAAUACGAAUGCAACUUGUCGCGGGUUUUUAGAACUAAAAUUUCCGUACACAGAGUCUCCGGCUUAGAACUCAUUGUUCAGAUGAAUGAUAUCAUCAUUCUAAUCCCAAUCUUUUCAGAAGCCAUCUCUUCCGGUCAAACCACCAAAAGUAGUCAGUCAGCCACAGGAUUCGGAUGAUGUCACCGAAGAGAAGGUGGACGUGCGAUCGAUGGCCGCAAUGUUCAAUCAGAAACUGAAAAAGUGA